AUGAAGUUCUCCCUUCUCGCUGCCGCGGCUAUUGCGCCCAUGGUCUCGGCCUAUUAUUUCUUUGAUACCCUCGUCAUUAUGACCCCUGAUGUUCUUGACUUUCGCUGCAAUAAGGGCGCCUUCAGUUUUGCUGACACAACUGGUACCGCGGAGGUCAAGGCUGGAUCCAAUCUUGCUCUGAAGCUUGUCGUUAGUGCUAGAAUGCAGCACCCUGGUCCCGCCCUCGCUCCUAGUACGGCCAAGCAAUACCAGGGCGACGGCGAGUGGUUCAAGAUCUACUAA